CGAUGAUAAAUCUUAGAGUAAAUCCUCUCCCUCAUCCUGCGCUCGUUGACUACAACUCGCACAUCGUAUAAUCCAGCCUUCAAAAACCUCGUUGCGUAAGGUUUUCAUUACCACUGACACCGGGAUGUCACAUUCCACCAAUCGCAUUUUGGGGCCCUGCGCGCUGGCUCUCUCCUCUUUAACACCAUUCCAGAUCACAUUCCUCCAAUCUCUUCCAAAAGCAGAACUACACGCCCAUCUCAAUGGAUGCAUUCCCAUAUCCACCCUUCAAGACAUGGCGCGGGAGGCCAACGCAGGAAGGGAACGAGAAUCGAUUCCAGAGGGCAUCAAAGUUCUCGCAGACGGCGUGGUGCUGGAUCAGCUGGGUGACUUUUUCGGUCUUUUCCCGGGCAUAUACGCCCUGACGUCGAGUCCGUCGAGCCUGCGUCGCGCGGCGAGGGCCGUCUUGGUCGACUUCCUCGGUGACGAUGUGUCGGGCGCCGCCCCCGGGGCCCAGUGCGCAUACCUCGAGCUUCGGAGCACACCGCGUGAGACGGCAGAGAUGUCGCGCAUGCAAUACGUGUGUGCGGUAUUAGACGAGGUGGAGCGUUACCCGGCUGAUCGGGCUGCGCUCAUAGUCAGUCUCGAUCGCCGCAUGAGUGCCGAGGUGCUUGGGGAGUGCAUCGAUGUGGCGUGCGCGCUGAGGAAAGCUGGUCGCAGGGUUGUCGGUGUCGAUCUAUGCGGGGAUCCGCAGGCCGGUGACAUGGAUAUCCUCGGCGAGUAUUUCGCGCGCGCUAAAGCUGCCGGGCUCGGAAUCACUCUCCACAUCGCAGAGACGGAAGCGAACAGUGACGCUGAGACUAUGCGGCUGCUCUCAUAUCUGCCGAAUCGACUCGGUCACGCGACAUUCCUCAAUGCCGAAGCCCGUGAGUUCGUGCGAAAGAACGACAUGUGCAUCGAGAUCUGCCUCUCUUCGAAUCUGCUAUGCAAAACAGUCUCGACUCUCGAGGCUCAUCACAUCCGAUACUACUUGCAGCACAAGCACCCGAUUGCCAUCUGCACCGAUGACACGCUCCCGUUCUGCAACUCCUUGAUGGGUGAAUAUGCCCUGCUUCUUGCGGCCCCGCCCCUGGGGUUGGGUUUGAGCGAAGCAGAGGUGACGGAACUGGCGCGUAUGAGUGGAAGUGCCAGAUUCCCGCUCUAGUUUGUCAUUGAAAUGUGGCUGGAUGAUAGACCAUCCCAUUUAUGAAGAGUCCUUCCAUGCGCCCCAUGUCGAGACCCAUAUGUGCUUUCCCAUGUGGUCCGUUGCUUGUUCGGCGUGAGUUCCGCCCGGUUAGUGAUCAUUGUCAAGCAAUUGUUUAGAUCAUCUUCGGGAUAGCUCCACAGUCCAGACACGGGCAUGCCAAAACCUCGCAUCUCAGCCUAGCAGGGGCCUAGCACCGUGGAGGUCAACCUUCCCCGAUGAAAGAUAAGCCUAGGAGCGCGCAGAAUGUGUCUACAGGGCAAAUCGCGUGGACAUGCACACCUUGUUUUGAUGAACCUGUGAAGCGCUGAUACAUCAUUGUUGAUCCCGACACCGACAUGUUCGGAUUGGCCAAGCGGCAUGGCCCCCUCACAGAAAUCGGCUUGAUCCGACUUGGGCAUAUGCUCAGCGGUAAAUUGAUUGCAAUCAGGCAGGCAUGUACAUACGUGAUUUGUUGGCAUGCCAUGCCAAAAUGCCUGUUGGCUUAUGGCCAAACAAAUGCACUCUCUGUGAGAGCAAUUACAGAACUCCGUUGUCAACACAAGCUUGCUGUUAGAUAUGCAAGCAGUGGUCAAGGAUUUGUAAAAUAGAUCGAACCAUCUCUCAGGAUCCUUAACACACAGAAAAUGGCUUUUUUCAGACAUAUAGACGAGCGGAACUGAGUCCUUGUUCAACGUAACAUACAACCACAUUGUAAUUUCGC